AAGUAUCCAGAGAUCAAGAGUCUGAUGGGACCAGAUCCACAUUUAAAGUGGAUUGUAUCUGGAAUGGUUUUCAUACAGUUUCUAGCAUGCUACUUGGUGAAAGACUUAUCUUGGAAAUGGAUUUUCUUCUGGGCUUAUGCUUUUGGGGGUUGCAUCAACCAUUCGCUGACCUUGGCCAUCCAUGAUAUUUCACACAACGUCGCCUUUGGGAACAAGCAGGUCAAGUGGAACCGAUGGUUUGCAGUCUUUGCCAACUUGCCGAUUGGCAUCCCUUAUUCUGCCUCCUUCAAGAAAUACCACAUUGACCAUCAUCGGUACCUUGGUGGGGACGGACUGGAUGUGGACAUUCCCACAGAUUUUGAAGGCUGGUUCUUCUGUACGCCGCUUUGGAAACUGCUUUGGCUUUUCCUCCAACCUCUGUUCUACAGUCUGAGACCACUGUAUGUGAACCCCAAAGCGAUUACACAGAUGGAAAUUUUUAACGCUCUUGUUCAGUUUUCUAUAAACCUUAUCAUUUACUACCUUUGGGGACUCAAACCUGUUAUUUACUUAAUAGCAGGUACAAUUCUUUGCAUGGGUGUACAUCCCAUUUCUGGGCACUUCAUAGCAGAACACUACAUGUUCUUAAAAGGGUAUGAGACAUACUCUUAUUAUGGACCUCUGAACUGGCUCACCUUUAAUGUAGGCUACCACAUGGAGCAUCAUGACUUCCCCAGCAUUCCCGGAUGCAGAUUACCAAUGGUGAAGAAGAUUGCAGCAGAAUAUUACGAUAACCUCCCACAUCACCAGUCCUGGGUUCGAGUUCUGUGGGACUUUGUUUUUGAUGACACUAUUAGUCCUUAUUCGAGGGUUAAGAGACUAUGCAAGCUGGCAAAAGAAAGCUAA